AUGGGUAGCAAGAAGAGAAAGGCCGGCCGUCCGGCUCAGCAGAAAUCUGCUCCCGAGCCUACCAAGUUCGACAUUGAAGAGCGCUUCGACGACUCUGAAGAUGAGUUCCAAACUGGCCGGGACCAUGUUCUACUCGAAGAAGGCCCAGAGGCAAAGAGACGGCGCAGAGUUGCCGAGCAAGAGGAGAUGUUUGAAGCCUCCGACGAAGAAAUUCUAGGCUAUAACGAGGCGGACUCAGACGAGGAUGACGAGGAAGAGGAAGAAGAGGAUGAAUACGAUGACAUGGGUGAGCCCAAAAAGAAGGAUGGCGCCGAAUCUGACGAGGAAGAAGAAGGCAUUGCCGCCUGGGGAUCAUCGAAGAAGGACCUCUAUAAUGCAGACCAGAUAGAGACUGAGGUCGAUGCUUUGGAGGAAGAGCAGGAAGCCAAGCGACUACAAAAGAAGCAGUUGGAGGCUAUGAAUGAAGCCGAUUUCGGGUUCGACGAGUCCGAAUGGAUGGAACCAGGCAAGGGCGCAGAGGACGAGGAGAAUACCGGCGUGGUCACUGAAGUGCUACCGCAAGUGGAGAUCACCGAUGACAUGGACACCGAAGAAAAGAUGAAGAUUCUGAAGUCGAGAUACCCCGAGUUUGAGCCACUGGCAAAGGACUUCAUCGACCUCCAGUCCACCUACAAGGGGCUCCAAGAUGCCGCCUCGAACGCCUCCCCCACAGAAGACGAAUCCACAGAAGAGCCGCAACCAUCUCCGGUCGAGGUUGUGAAGUUCCGUGCGUUGUCUGCCUACCUUGGCACCAUCAGCAUGUACUUCAUGCUUCUCUCCUCCCCAUCUCCCGACGCGAUCAACGAACAUGUCCCGAUGACCCCCGCCGAACUUCGACAACAUCCCGUCAUGGGCUCGCUCGUCAAGUUCCGAAAGCUUUGGAACACAGUGAAGGAUCUCCAGGCCAUCGAAGAAUCCGACAUCGAAUCCGACGAGGAGUCAAUCCAAGAAAUCGAGACGAAGCCCACCAAAGCCCAAAAGCAACCCAAGACUCAAGAGACCAAGAAGUCGAAGAAGCUCAGCAAGGCCCAGGCAGCGCAGGCCGAAGCCGAAGCAUUGCGCGCCGAACGUAUUCGCAAGACCGAAGCCGGUCUCGCAGAUCUUGACGACCUGGUCACUGAGCCUACCCGCAAGCGCAAGUCCCAGAAACCUAAGGCAGCCGCCAAGGACGACGACUCAGACUUCGGUGACGAGGAUGCUCUCACAGCCCGCGAAGCAGAGGAGAAAGCCAAGCAGAAGCGCUCCCUCCGCUUCUACACCUCCCAAAUUGCACAGAAGGCCAACAAGCGUAACGCCGCAGGCCGUGACGCCGGCGGAGAUGCCGAUCUUCCCUACCGCGAACGUCUCCGUGACCGACAGGCUCGUCUCAACGCCGAGGCUGAGAAGCGUGGUCGCAAGCAACUUGACGCGAACCAGGAGCUUGGCGGUGACAGUGACGAAGAAGACCACCGUGUCGCUAAGGAGCUCCGCAAGGACGGUAACAAGUCCGGCACCGACGACGACGAAUACUACGACAUGGUGGCUGCUCGCUCCAAGCAGCGUAAGGGUGACAAACAGGCACGCGCCGAUGCUCAGGCCGAGGCUGCUCGCCUUGGCGGACAAGUGUACGAGCAGGAGGAGGUUGGACCUGAUGGCAAGCGUGCCAUCACAUACCAGAUCGCGAAGAACAAGGGUCUCAUGGCUAAGCGCAGCAAGGACUCGCGCAACCCGCGUGUCAAGAAGAGAAAGAAGUACGAGGACAAGAAGAAGAAGCUUGGUAGUACCAAGCAGUUGUACAAGGGUGGUGAAGGCCGCGGUGGUUAUGCUGGUGAGCUUACAGGUAUUAAGAAGAACCUGGUCAAGAGUGUCAAGCUGUGA